UGGGAAAACUUCAUUAAGAUCUUCCCCUGCAUAAAUAAAGUUUUAAACCAGUCGUUGAAAACCAGCACCAUGUUGAUGAUAAUAAUUGUUGCAUCGAUUGCAGUGGUAACUUUCUUUUACUACUACAUUAAUAAAAGACAGAACUACUUCAAAGACCGUGGCAUUACCCAAGGAAAACCUACGUUUUUAUUCGGCCACACUUUGGGAACCUUAAUACACACUAGAACAUGGACAAGUGUUGUGCAAAGUGUUUACAACCAGAGUCCUGGAACAAGAUACACCGGAUUGUACAACUUCCACUGGCCAGUAUUGGUCAUAAGGGAUCCGGAGCUACUGAAACAAGUGUCUAUCAAGGAUUUCGAUCACUUCACUGACCAUAUCACUUUCAUGCCAACAGAUGGUGAUCCGUUAUUCUCAAAAAGUUUAUUCGGCCUCCAUGGUCGGGAAUGGCGAGAGAUGAGGACUCUCUUAAGUCCUUGCUUCACGAGCAGCAAAAUGAAGUUCAUGUUCAACCUGAUAACUGAGAGCGCGGAAAAUUUCGCGCAGUAUUUCCUGAAAAAAGACGAGGACCUUAUAGAAGUCGAAAUGAAGAAUGCUUUCUCUCGCUUUUCCAGCGACGUAAUCGCCACCGCAGCUUGUGGGAUAAAAGUCAAUUCUUUGGAGAAUCCAAAAAACGAGUUUUACUUGAUGGGGCAAAAGUCUAUAGAUUUUGGCAAUAUCUGGAAGAACAUAAAGUUCCUUCUGUACCUUUUAAUACCACCCAUCAAGAAUGUACUAAAAAUACAGUUGCUUACGGACGACGUAUCCACAUUUUUCAGAGGUCUGAUAGACGAAACCAUCAAAGUGAGAGAAGAAAAGGGAGUUGUAAGACCAGACAUGAUACAUCUCUUGUUAGAAACUCGUAAAGGAACCCACAAAGAAGAAACCAACGACGUCGAUACAGGAUUUGCUACAGCUCAAGAAUCCCCUAGGAGCCUAGAAAAAGAAAAAGUAAACAGAGUUCUGACAAAUGAGGAUAUAACCGCCCAAGCCUUGCUCUUCUUCAUCGCUGGUUUCGACUCUGUGUCAUCAAUGAUGUGCUUCACCACCUACGAGUUGACCGUGAACCAAGAUGUCCAAGAAAGACUUAGACAAGAGGUUUACUCCACUUGGAAAGCAUGCAAAGGAAAGCUGACCUACGACGCACUACUCCAGAUGAAAUACUUGGACAUGGUGAUAUCAGAGACUUUAAGGAAAUAUCCCAUCAACCCAGCAAUGGACAGAGUGUGCACAAAGCCUUACACCAUCGAACCUGCCUUACCAGGAGAAACUCCGGUACAUUUGAAGGUAAACGACGCCAUAUGGUUGCCGACCUACGCCAUACAUCACGAUCCAAACUACUACCCAAAUCCAGACCGGUUUGAUCCAGAGAGAUUCAGUGACGAGAAUAAGGGUGACAUCAAACCCUACACCUACUUUCCCUUUGGUUUGGGUCCGCGUAACUGUAUUGGUUCUAGGUUCGCUUUGUUGAUGAUAAAAGCCGUGAUCUUCCACACCUUGUUGCACUUUGAACUGGUGCCUGUUGAGAAGACUGUCAUUCCAGUUAAGUUUUCCAAGAAAACUUUCGGUUUGACCAUGGAGGGAGGAUUGUGGCUUGGUUUCAAAAAAACUAAAGACGGACAAGUUGCAAUCUAAUACUGUAUAUAUGCAUUUUUUUAAUAUAUAUAUUUUUAAUACA